UUCCGUUUCCGGGCCGACCCUUCGCUCCGCGGAAUUGUGUCGGGGCUCUUGCAGGCGUCGAGCGAGCGACCAAAAGGAGCCGGCUAUGGUGCUGCUGGAGAGCGAGCAGUUUCUGACGGAGCUUACAAGAUUGUUUCAAAAAUGUAGGAGCACAGGCAGCGUCUAUAUAACGCUAAAAAAAUACGAUGGUCGGACAAGACCCAUCCCACGAAAGGGCCAUAUUGAGGGCUUUGAACCUGUAGACAACAAAUGUCUUCUUAGAGCAACAGAUGGGAAGAAAAAGAUAAGCACAGUGGUGAGUUCAAAGGAAGUCAACAAAUUCCAGAUGGCUUAUUCAAAUUUGCUCAGAGCUAACAUGGACGGUUUAAAGAAAAAAGACAAGAAAAGCAAAAAUAAGAAAAGCAAAGCAACACAGUGACAAUACAUAAUGUUUCUACCCCUACAGUGGAUCUGAAUUCUAGCAUGUAAACAGUUUUUUCUUCAUGCUGUUACUUAACCUUUGACCUUACUUCUGGCGGAUAACUAGAAUCUAGACUUCUUAAAUUGAAAACACUCUUUGGAUUGUGAUAUGUGGGAUAGAACCACAAUACAUAUAUUGUAGAUGCUGUUGGAUUUUGUAUCUGUUCUGAGUUGUUGGUCUGAGUGGGUGGUUGUUGGGGAGAACCCAUCUUUUGGGCGAAAUAGUACAAAAAUAAAGGAUUAAUAUUU